AUGGUUCAGUUUAUGGGUUUAAGGGAUCACGGUUCGGAAUCGAAGGUCAGUUUUGUGAUCGAGGAUUCGCUUGAAGAAGAACACGCUCCUCUCAACAAGCGUUGCAAACAAUGGAGUAGUUCAAAUGGUUCUUGUUUCAGUUUUCCUUCGCAAGAUCAUAGCAUCCUUGAUGAGCCUAGUCCUUUGGGUUUAAGUCUUAGGAAGAGUCCUUCACUGUUAGAUUUGAUUCAAGCGAAGCUCUCUCAAGGGGAUAAGGUUGUUUCAAAUACGAAGGAUGAUAAUAUAAGCUCUGGAGUGAAAAAGGAGAGCCGGGGUCCUGUUGAAAAGCUUAAGGCUUCGAAUUUCCCAGCUACGGUUUUAAGGAUUGGUUCAUGGGAGUAUAUCUCAAAACAUGAAGGUGAUUUAGUGGCCAAGUGUUACUUUGCCAAACAGAAGCUUGUUUGGGAAGUUCUUGAGGGUGAGCUGAAGAGUAAAAUUGAAAUCCAAUGGGCAGAUAUUACUGCACUUAAAGCAAAUUGUCCUGAUGACGGACCUAGCACAUUGUCUAUAGUGGUUGCUAGACAGCCUCUUUUCUUUAGGGAGACUAAUCCUCAACCUAGAAAGCAUACAUUGUGGCAAACAGCGACCGAUUUUACCGGUGGAGAGGCUAUCAAAUCCAGGAAGCAUUUUUUGCAAUGUGAACAAGGAUUGUUGAUCAAGCAUUUUGAAAAGCUCAUCCAGUGUGACGAACGUCUUAAGUAUUUAAGCCAACAGCCAGAGAUAAAGUUGGAUUCACCUCAUCAUGAUUUUGCUUUUGAUAACCAUGACAAUCUAAAAAAAUAUGAUUUGGAUCAAGUCAGUGGCAAAGGAUCAGUAACGUCUCGUUUUCAGAACACGGGAUCUCCUCAUUCAUCCCUGUCACCAUCAUUUACCUUAGACAGCAUUCCUUGUGAAGCAGCUUCUUCUAGUUCAGAAGGGAUAAAUAGUUCUGAAGCUGAUUCGAAGGGCCCAAAAAACUGGGAUCAAAUAAAACUGCCAGGGCUUCGUCCGUCCAUGUCAAUGAGCGAUUUUAUUGGCCACAUUGAACAUCACCUUUCUGAAGAAAUGGCCUCAGGGAAUCUAUCAUCUCCUGCUAAAAGAAUGGACUACAAUGUAAUGCUGGAGGACAUUGCACAUCACCUCCUUAAUGACAAUCAUGUUACAACAGAUUCUGACGAAAUAUCACUUAUGUCAAGGGUCAAUUCUCUUUGCUGUCUUCUGCAAAAGGAUCCUGUAGCAGUGCCGAAUUCACAUGACAAUUCGCAUGACAACAAGAGCUCACUUGAAGGACCUGAUGAUGAAAUAAGUAUUCAACUUGUUCAUGAUCUUGAGUCAAUGCAGAGCAACAAAAUCAAAAUAGAUACGAAGGCGGCUGAAGAGGACUCGAGAAAUGUUUACGGUGGCCAUCAGGCACCGGGCAUGUCUAGGAAAGACUCAUUCGGAGAUUUGCUUCAAAAUCUCCCUCGUAUCGCAUCUCUUCCAAAGUUCUUGUUUAACAUAUCAGAAGAUUAG